CCUCCGAUGACCCCAUCCCAGCCCCCAGGGUUCUCCUUCCUCCAUCAGAAGAAACAACAUCAUGUCUGCCGCUGUGGUCAACGACGUGGGCACCAAGCCCGAGGAAAACCAGCAUGACGAGGAGGACUUCGAGGACAUAAACGACGUGGUGGACGGGUCGGCGCCCGAGGAGGCCAAGAAAAAGAAAAAGAAGAAGAAGAAGAAGAAGGCGGCUGGUGGUGCUGGGUCUGUCAAUGUCCCGGAUGGCGAUGAUGCUGUGGAAGUGAACGGUGUUGGUGAUGACUUAGCCAAGGCUAAGUUGGAGGAUGGAGAAAAUGAGGAAGGUGGAGAUGAUGGAGAGGAAACAGCAGAAGCGGCUGCGAAGAAGAAGAAAAACAAGAAAAAGAAGAAGAAGCCAGCAGGUGCAGGUGGAGAUGGAAGUGCAAACAGCAGUGUACUCACUGUGCAGCAAACUGAUCCUCCUUCGAUACCCAUCGUUGACCUCUAUCGGGAUUCUAAUUACCCAAUUGGUGAAAUUUGCGAGUACAAAAUAGACCAGAAUGAUACCACUGCCAUAAAUCGAAUGACGUCGCCCGAGAAGAAAGCUUUGGAGAUGUCCUACGACGACAUGUAUAGAGAGAUCCGUAUUGGUGCAGAAGUUCAUCGUACAACCAGGAAGUACUUCCAAAACCACGUGAAACCUGGAAUGACGAUGAUCGAGAUUUGCAACAUGAUUGAAGACAUGAACCGUAAGCUUAUCAAGGAGAAUGGCUUGGAGGCUGGUCUUGCUUUCCCCACAGGCUGCUCUUUGAAUCACUGCGCUGCCCAUUACACUCCCAAUGCCGGGGACAAGACGGUUCUGAGCUACGAUGAUGUUUGCAAGAUUGAUUAUGGUGUACAUAUUAAUGGUCGUGUCAUAGACUGCGCAUUCACACUGACCUUCAAUAAUAAGUAUGACAAGCUUGUCGAAGCUGUCCGAGCUGCUACUAACACUGGCAUUCGUGAGGCUGGCAUCGAUGCUCGCCUCUGUGAUAUUGGCGAGGCAAUUCAAGAGACGAUGGAAAGCUAUGAACUUGAGUUGGACGGCAAGACGUUCCCAAUCAAGUGUAUUCGCAAUCUUAACGGACAUUCCAUUGCACCUUACCGAAUCCAUGCUGGAAAAACUGUGCCAAUUGUGAAAGGUGGAGAGGCCGAAGUCAUGGAGGAGAAUGAAGUCUAUGCCAUAGAAACUUUCGGUUCUACUGGCCGCGGUUAUGUCCAUGAUGACAUGGAGACUUCCCAUUACAUGAAGAAUUAUGACAGCGGUCAUGUGCCUCUCAGGCUAUCGAAAUCAAAGCACCUACUGAACGUCAUUAAUCAGAACUUUGGCACUUUAGCUUUCUGUCGCCGUUGGCUCGACCGUUUAGGAGAAACAAAGUACCUGAUGGCUCUCAAGGACCUGUGCGAUAAAGGAAUCCUGGAUCCAUACCCUCCUCUCUGUGAUGUUAAGGGCUGUUAUACAGCCCAGUUUGAGCACACUAUCGUGCUCCGGCCAACCUGUAAGGAGGUGGUUACUCGUGGAGACGAUUACUAGUGUGGUCCCUCCCAUUGAAGAGGAACAAUCACUGGUUGGUCGCUUAGAUGACAGCCAAGAUGUUUAACUGCAAGAAUGUGACCAGUUGUUUUCUGUCUUUUAGAGUGUAAGAUAUUAUACAUAAACAUAUAUAUAUAUAAUCUUUAUGGGAUAGCUUUUCCAGUGACUUGACUUACGUAUGGGUCCGGUCCUUGUGCAUAUCCUUUUUGGGGGCAAGAUGUUCCGUUUUGAAGCAGAAACUUCAGGCCAUUAAUCCAGUACCCUAGUCAGUAUGAUAUUAUGAGCUAUAUAAUUUUGGCUUGGUAUUGCAAUAACUUUUGUUUUUAUAUAGCCUGUACAGACUAAUAUUUCAUGUGACUUAACAGAUGAUAAUACAGUACAGUACUGUAUUUUGUAUUCCCUCCUGUACUGUAACAGUGCAGGAGACAUACUUUACGAGUGAAACUACUAGAGCAAGAGACAUACUCUAGGGAGAGCAACAAUACUAUAGCACAAGAAGCUCUCCUAGGGUUGGGAAUCAAUACCAGAUAGCUGCAUAGAACCUUUUAUUAUUACACUAGCAGUUGCAUUGUUUUGCAGAGUAUUACAUUGCUGCUCUACUGUCUUGUGGUUAAUGGUCUGUGAAUUUGUACAUUUGAUCAGACAAGCCUCCUGUUGUUGUUCAGUGUUACUAACGUACAAGAAAAAAAAAAUAAAGAGUAGACUGCAUUGUUCA